AUGGAUUUCCCUCCUUCGACAUGGAUGGGCGUCUCCCCAACCUCAUAUGCUUUCCUGGGCUCUUACGACGACGUAUACGGCGGAGAGGGCCUGCUUCGCGAACUUGCUCCAUUAAUGUACUCCCAUCCACUCUUCACACCGGACGAAGUGUUUAGUAUCUUACGAAAUGGCAUGGAAUCCGCGCGGGCUGAGCCAGACCUAGUUAAUCUCUACGUCACACUAUGCAACCCAAAGGACCACGGAACGGCCAAACAUAUCCGUGCAAUAACUCACGGCGCAGCAUGCUAUCGCGGGGCCGAAUACCUCAAACUUUUACUCCGCCAUGGCGCGCACGACUUCUUCGGCAUGGACCCGAAGCAACAUACUCCAAAAUUUAAGGGAGCCAUGCUGGACGAACCUUGGGACGAUUACUUUGGCUACACGGAAAUGAGCACAGCACUGCACUUUGCCGUGAGCAAAGGGAACGUCGAGGCUGUGGAAUUUCUCCUUGCCCAGCCUGGCGGCGAGGUGCAAUGGAGGGAUGGAUAUGGGCGCACGGCCUACGAUUAUGGAAAGCACCGGAAAAUGCUGAUUGUUGAGGGCAGAACCCAGCGUCCUAUACCGGGGCUGGACCAAGUUUUGAAGUGCUUGAGCAGCACGGUUGGAAGGCGUCGACGCCAGAGGAAAUCAAGGCGGCAGAGUGUGAGAAACCAGACCCAGAAGAUUGAGGCGAGCGACUAA